UAAAAUCUAACGGCCAUGCAUUUCGAGUUUCGGUCCAAAAGUCUCUACUCAAAAAAGAAGAAGAAGAAGAAGAUUAUGGCAUUGUCGGUGAUCGGCGUUUUGUUUCUUUUCGCGGCAGUGAUGGCGGCGGACGAGAGUGAGCUGACUACGGAGUGCAGCAAGGAUUUCCAGAGCGUGAUGACUUGCCUGGGCUUUGCUCAGGGGAAGGUGGCGACGCCGACGAAGGAAUGUUGCAGUUCGGUUUCGGAAAUCAAAGAGAAUAAGCCAAAGUGUUUGUGUUAUAUUCUGCAGCAAACUCAGAGCGGUGCUCAGAGCCUUAAGAGCUUAGGGGUGCAAGAAGCUAAGCUUUUCGAGCUUCCUUCUGCUUGCCAGUUGAAGAACGCUAGCGUCAGCUACUGCCCAAAGCUUCUCGGUUUAUCUCCGAACUCACCAGACGCCGCCAUCUUCACCAAUUCCUCCUCGAAAGCGAUGACGACACCUAGUACUCCAGCAGCAUCAACCGGAACUCCGUCAUCUGCGGCGGAGAAAGGCGAUAGUAAAUCCAGCGGAACCAAGCUCGGAAGCCACUUCGUCAGUUCGACAGCGGCACUGCUGGUUGCUACGGCAGCUGUGUUUUUCUUUGCAUCCCCGGCCUAAUUUGCUUAAGCUUCUGCAUGGGACGUCAGGACUCGGGAGUUUAGUUUAUUUAUCAUUAAAAAAGUCUUUGGUGUUCGGAUCUUAGCAAAGCCAGACUGAGUGACAAUUGUGACCAUUUUAUCUAUGUUUAUUGUUUUAAUUUAG